CUUUGACUCGGUUGUGUGUGCCUGCGUGUGUGAGUGUGUGUGUGUGUUCCAAAAUCAUUUGCCAUGUUGCGUCUGCUAUUGCUGCCACUUUUCCUCUUCACACUGUCCAUGGCCUGUAUGACCCAUGGUCAGACAUUUCAAUAUUCCCGUGGCUGGACAAAUGGCAAGCGGUCAUCACUCUCCUCUACGCCAACCCUUUUGAAUAAUGGACAACAUUUUCAUCGUUCCAACGAUGUGAGUUUUGCCGAUUUCUAUGAUUUUCCUGCCACAAUCAGCGAACGUCGACUGGAGCGUUGCCUAACGCAACUCCAACACUUUGUGGGCAACUCUCUGUUGCAUCGAUCUUUUGCCACUGGCUUGGAUACCGAUUCGAGUGAUGCUCAAUCGAGUAGUAAUGAAAAUAGUCCAUAUACGAAUCCCAAACGUCACCAUCAAUCGAGUGAACUAUUCGAGGAUCUCAAUGCUGCAGUUGGCUCUGUGCCCGCUGCUGGUCCCGGAGAACCCAACGAUUUUAUUAAGCACUAAAUAACCACCUGAAUCCGUUUAUACUCAUAGGCGUUAAGCACAUGUUUGUGAAAUGUUGUGAACUUAGCAAAAAAUGCUACAAAAAUGUGAAAAAAAACAAUUAUUAAACUUUUUAUUAAAU